AUUCCACAUUAAUACAAAAGCAAACUCUAAAUUGGAAGAACAUGAGAAGCAGCAGAAUUGAUCUAUGGCACAGAUGCUAGAGAUGGGUUUGGCUUCUUUAAAGCACAUGAAGAUUUGAAGGCCUCUAUCUGUGACUGGCACUUGACGUAGUCCCCUUUGUUCUCCUCCAAGCAUUUCUUCAGGGCCUCAACAUCGCACGCAGACAUUAUCUUCUUCCUCUCGAUGUUCUUUGUUUCCGAAGCCCUCUCGUCCAUUGUUGCGUGCUUCCAAUCGGUGGAAAUCGAACAACUUGUAAAAUCAAAUUAUAGAGUCGUGGGUUUAUUGUCUCCCUCCGUUGUUUGGCGGCUGAGAAAAAGGAAAAUGCGAGCUCAGUGAAAACGCACCGUUUGCGAGCAAAAACAAAGAAUGAAACGCAGCGUUUUGUGACCGAAACAAAAAAUGAAACAAAAAAUGCGUUCGAUGCGUUUCGGGUUGUUUCUGCGCUGGCCCAUUUAUAAUCCCUAUCCUUUUCAGGAGAGGAGAGGGAGCGUAAGAUGAACGACACGUCAUCAAAAUUUGAAUGGAUGCCCUCCCAGGCCUUAACGGCUAUUUGGUUCUUACCAAAAAAUAAAGACCAAAAUCAAAAUAAAAUCAAAACCAGAACCAACAAAUUCAGAACCCAUUUACUCCCAAUUGGCAAUUCACGUUGAGUAAUCUUCCUCUCUCAAAAUUUUCAAUUUCACGCUUUUGGAUCCCAAAUUGAAACCCAAAUUUCACUAGCUGAGAAAUUUUCAAUUCUAUAUGGCGUCGUCUUUGUGCGACCACCCUGACCGCACCAAGACCCCUAUGCGUCCGAACCCAUCUCGGAAGGUACGAGUUGUAGCGAAGAUCAGGGGUUUUACGGGUCCGGAGGGGGAGCUAUCAAGUGAGGUUUCUUGGAUCUCUGUGAACAAGCCCAAGGGAGAGGCUUCUGAGAGUGUCACUCUCUCUUUCAGAGAACAGGAAGCAAGCCGUAAAGAAUCUUAUGAAGUGGACUACUGCUAUGAUCAAUAUGAAGACAAUAAUGUGAUUUUUUCGCGAGAAGUAAAGCCUCUAAUUCCUGGGAUUCUUGAUGGUUGUAAUGCCACUGUGAUUGCAUUUGGAGCAAGAGGCAGUGGAAAGACUUGCUUAAUUCAGGGUUCUAGUGAGAAACCGGGUUUGGCAGCACUAGCAAUGGCUGAUAUUCUUUCACUGACUGAGAAAGAUGGAAAUUCAGUUACUAUAUCUUCCUAUGAGGUUUAUCAGGACCAUGUAUAUGAUAUCUUGGACCCAGAACGCAAAGUAGUUUUGGUACAGGGUGAUGCUCAAGGGAAAAUUCGGCUUAAAGGACUUUCUCAGGUUCCCAUGAAAUCCAUUUCAGAGUUCUACAAAUUAUGUGUUACUGGGUGUGGUUCCCGUAAACCAGCACAAAAGGUAGCAACUGAACUUCCACGUAGGAGCCACAAGGGCUUGAUAGUGCAUGUAUCAUCUCCCAGUGAAAACUCAGAUACACUUCAUGUGGGCAAGCUGAAUUUUGUUGACUUGGCAGGUUAUGAGGAUACCAGAAAGAAAAGUAUCAACGGCCUUAAUCUUGUUGAGAAUAGUAAAAUUCAUAAGACAAUGUAUGCCAUGUUAAAUGUUGUUCACGCAUUGAGUACCACAGAAAAUCAUGUGCCUUACAGGGAAAGCAAGCUCACACACUUAUUGCAAGAUUCCCUGGGUGGGGCAAGUAGAGUUUUGAUGGUCACUUGUUUGAAACCAUCAUUCUGCCCAGAUUCCAUUUACAUGGUAAGCUUGGUGUCUCGCUCUUUUCAAAACAACAAUGGGGCUGUCAUAGACUCGACAAAGAAAAUUAAGUGUUUGACAAGAUCGGCGGUGCUUUCAUCACGUAAGAUCCAUGUACCCAAGACCAUUUCUGUUACAGCAAAGAAACAAACCAUUUCCAGAGUGCCUCUUUCUGACAAGAAGAUCAAUGGUAGUACGGCAUCCGUAUUGAAAGGAAGGAAGCUAUUUGAUGAAACAAGUCAGUUGACCAAAUCGGAGAAGAUUUUAAUGCAGGUAAGUGCAAUCUCAGAUGUGGCCUCAACCACAGAAACUUCUUUAGAUAAAGAGGAAAUGUCAAUUUCAAAUGUUACCAAAGCAACAGAACAUCUAGAAUGUGAGAAUUCAUUAUCAGAUACUUUGAAGCCCAAAGAAUUUACUUUUAUGGCUGAAAAGGACAAUUUAUUAUCAGAUGCUCCAAAGCAUGCAGAAAGUACUUUAAUGGCAGAAAAGGAUGUUUCUAGUAACAGUGGUGGUCAUGCCGAGGAAGUUACUCUGAGUGUCAAUAGCAGCAGCAGAAAUACAUUGUCUUUAGUUGAAGUCCAUAAUAUGGAAAGGGAAAACAAGGACUCAGAGGUCAAUGAAGAAGAAUCGCCACCAAUAAGUGCAAGAUUACAAGAAUUAUCGAUUCAUUUGAAAUCACUCUUUUCUACAACUCCGUUGUGCACAAAUAUGCCAGAGGAAUCAAAUAAUUUGAAAUCACUCUGUCCUGCAACUCCAUUGUGCACAAAUAUGCCAGAGGGGAAUGAUGCUUCAUCCUACAAUCACCUCUCUACUAACAUUGAAGAACCAAAAACUCCAGUUAUCAAUAAGGGUACGAAAGAUAAUGAUAGAUGGGAGGUUGGAAAUUUCAACAGCCCUUGGGAAACACUUAGUACGCGCAAUUCCGAAGUGAAGCAUUCCCUUGUCCAAGACUAUCUUAGCUUCUUAAAUACAGCUAGCAAGGAAGAAUUGAAAAGAUUAAAUGGGAUUGGUGAGAAAAGAGCAACCUACAUACUUGAAUUGCGUGAUGAAUCUCCUAAGCCCUUCAGGAAUCUUGAUGAUUUGAAAGACAUUGGACUUUCAGCGAAGCAGAUUAAAGGAAUGAUGAAGAAGGAAGUUGGAGGGCUUUUCAAUUAGGUAAUCAAGUAUUACACACAGAUUAAAGGCUUGACGAAGAAGAAGUUAGAGGGCAUCUUUCUCCUUUGUUUUAUAUUUAUCUUUUCUUUCUCCUUAGUAUAUGAAGAUACUGUCAUGGCAUUGGCAACAUCAAAUUGCCUAAACCUUAACAUAAAAUUAUCGUGUAAUGUUGUACAUUUUUAUUUCUUUAUCGUGUAAUUCCUGUGAAAGACAAAAAAAAAAAAAUCUUGAUUGGAA